AGUCAGCAACUAUGUGGAUGCUCUACGUUGACCUGCCUGUGAUGGGGGUAGCAUCACAACCACCAUCUCCUCCGCAUUACUAUUUGACGAGAUCAAGGCCCAUCGAUCUCAAAUACUGAGCGUCAACAUAUAAAUCAAUGGUCAAUAUUAUCCCAUGAAAAUCAUUUGUCAAUUUCGAAAAAUUCCUCAACACUACGCCUUCACCACCAAAAAAGCCCCUCCAAAUCUCUCUCCCCCUAUUUUCUGUUCGCAGGGAUUCUCGAUUCACUCUCACUUUUCGCAGCCACUCUAAUUUGUGAAAUAAAUUGAGAAGAACUGAAAAUGAGCAAGGGGCCGGGACUCUUCACAGAUAUCGGCAAGAAAGCCAAAGAUCUGCUGACUAGAGAUUAUCUGUCUGAUCACAAAUUUUCCGUCUCCACCUACAGUGAAUCUGGAGUGGCUCUCACAACAUCCACAGUGAAAAAAGGAGGGUAUUCAUCUGGUGAUGUGGGAGUUCAGUACGUAUAUAGGAAUACUUCUACUGAUCUGAAAGUUGAUACAGAGUCAAAUAUCUCAGCCACUUUUACUGUUGCUGACAUUAUUCCCUCAUCAAAAACCAUUGCCAACCUGAAAUUUCCCAAUUAUGAGUCUGGAAAGCUGGAAUUUCAGUACUUCCAUCCUCAUGCAUCCCUCACUGCAGCUGUUGGUCUGAACCAAACUCCUCCACUUGAUUUCUCAGUUACCCUUGGUACUCCCACCUUUGCUUUGGGUGCAGAGGCAGGUUAUGAAACCACUUCCGGAAAAUUAACAAAAUACACGGCUGGCAUCACUGUGACAAAACCAGAUUCAUCUGCUUCAGUAAUUCUGGGUGACAAAGGAGAUACCAUAAAGGCAUCAUACAUACACUACCUUGAUGAAUUGAAGAGGAGUGCUGCUGUGGGAGAAAUCACCCGAAAAUUCUCUACAAACGAGAACACAUUUACAGUGGGAGGAUCUUGCGCUGUUGACAGCCUGACACUAGUGAAAGUGAAGCUUAAUAAUCACGGUACACUAGCGGCUACUUUGCAGCAUGAGGUCAUUCGCAAAUCUCUUGUGACCAUAUCCAGCGAAUUCGACACCAAGUCCUUGGACAAGACCCCCAAAUUUGGUGUGUCGCUCGCUCUGAAGCCUUGAAAGCUCCUAGAUUAACCAUCUUGCAUUUGAAUGCUGUACUUGUUUGAACUUUUGAGGUUGCAUUGGAAAAGGUUGCCAAAUAAGUAGUUUCAGAAAUUUACUGUCCCCAGCAAUUGACACAUCAUCAUGCAUUGAUGCGCGGGGAAAUUCUAUGAUGUUUUGUGGGUUUUGAACUGCCUACUGUGUCUUUCUUCUUGAGGCUUUUUGACAUGAGAAGCAUUCUUUAAAUUCAACGAUUUUGGGCUCAUUUUACAAAGGGGGAGCGAAGCUUGAUUCAUGGGAUUGAGUAUUUUCGUAUUUCUGUGCUGUCAUCUGGAAGAAGAGGAUGUGGUAGGGUUGAUGCCUUCUUCGUUUGUCUUUCUGUGUAUUGUGUUUGUUACAAAUCAUUACUCCCAUUCUGCAACUUCUUUUACAUCAGAAUUCAGAACUGAAAGGAAAAGAUGGUGCAAAUGGGAGUAUGCUUGUGGUGGAAGAAUCCUGUAAGAGAAUUUCACUUUUAGAUUCAUCAAUUUCACGUUUCAUUUCUCUA